GUGUGGUCGUCAUUUGCGCGUCAGUUAGCUCAUCUGCGACCUGUUGGUAGAACUAGCUAACGUACAUGUCAGCCACCAACCUAAGUCUCAGUUGGCUUUGUGUGUAACUUAGCAAGUUGGUUGCGCAAUUCUUGUAUGCUAGCUACUUGUCAGCAAGGAUCACUUCAAAGUAUGCUAACAGUAAUCGCUCGUCGCUAAAUAUGUUGUGUCUUGGUCUCUGAGAACGUACCAUUUGUCCCGCUGUCAAUAUAUUUCAUGGUGUUUUAUGUAAAGCCGUAUUGUUUAUGAAUGAAGUAUUUAUUKUGUUAACUUCAUGUUGUAUAGAAACAAUAGGAGUGUUUAGGAAGAGGAUUAGGCAGUCUAGUAUUAAAGAAAGGUCCAGUUCAGGCACAGGCAGAGAACCUUGUUGAAAAUCCUUCUCCCUACUUGCCAAUGCUGGAUCUGGAAGUUGUUCCUGAAAGAUCUUUAGGAAAUGAACAAUGGGAAUUCGCGUUAGGGAUGCCAUUGGCCCAGGCCAUUUCCAUUUUACAGAAACACUGCCGCAUCAUCAAGAAUGUCCAGGUUCUUUACAGUGAACAAACACCACUUAGUCAUGACCUCAUACUCAACUUGACUCAGGAUGGAAUUAAACUGCUGUUUGAUGCCUGUAACCAGAGACUGAAGGUGAUUGAAGUAUACGACUUGAGCAAAGUUAAAUUGAAAUACUGUGGAGUACAUUUCAACACUCAGGCUAUAGCACCCACCAUAGAGCAGAUUGAUCAGUCCUUUGGCGCCACACACCCUGGAGUAUACAAUGCUGCAGAGCAACUGUUCCACCUGAACUUUCGAGGACUCUCCUUCUCCUUCCAGCUUGACUCAUGGAAUGAAGCUCCCAAGUAUGAGCCUAACUUUGCCCAUGGCUUGGCCUCCCUGCAGAUUCCACACGGGGCCACAGUGAAACGGAUGUACAUCUCGGCUGGGAACAACCUACAGGACACCAAGGCCCCAGUGAUGCCCCUUGCCUGUUUCCUUGGCAACGUUUAUGCAGAGUGUGUGGAUGUGCUGAGGGAUGGGGUGGGGCCACUUGGUCUGAGACUUCGCCUCCUCACUGCAGGAUGUGGGCCCGGGGUGAUGGCUGAUGCCAAGGUGCGUGCCGUGGAGAGGAACAUUUACUUUGGAGACUCCUGUCAGGAUGUGCUGAGCGCUCUGGGCUCGCCACACAAAGUAUUCUACAAGUCCGAAGACAAGAUGAAGAUCCACUCUCCGUCACCUCACAAGCAGGUCCCGUCCAAAUGCAAUGACUACUUCUUCAACUACUUCACCCUGGGGGUGGACUUACUCUUUGAUUCUAGCACACACCUGGUGAAGAAGUUUGUCCUUCAUACUAACUUCCCCGGCCAUUACAAUUUCAACAUAUAUCAUCGAUGCGAUUUCAAGAUUCCACUUGUCAUCAAGAAAGAAGGUGCUGCCGCUCAGGGGGAGGACUGCACCCUCACUACCUACAGCAAGUGGGAUCAGAUUCAGGAGCUGCUUGGACACCCCAUGGAGAAGCCUGUCGUGCUCCACAGGUCAUCCUCGGCAAAUAACACCAACCCCUUCGGCUCUACAUUCUGUUUUGGACUACAGCGAAUGAUCUUUGAGGUGAUGCAGAACAACCACAUAGCUUCAGUGACCCUGUACGGAGCCCCCAGACCCAGCAGCAGGGCCAGAGCCGAGGCCAUCGGCCACUGAACAGCAUCCCACUGGCACCCCAAGCCCCAGCCCCAACCCAUACCCGGCCUGAGGACUGUCUCCCCACCGCUCCAGUCCGCUCCACACAGCCCUGGGCUGAUCAGCAGUGUACUCUCUGUCUCAGCCACUGCCAUCUUCACACCAUAGAGGCCCGCUAGGAGCUCCUCUGGACCCAUCUGCCCCUGUGUGACGGGCGCCUCAUGCAGGGUCCUGCUAGGAGCCUUACGGCAGCCAUCAUCCCUUCUCCCUCUGACUCACCCUGUCCCAAUGCUCUUCAUCAUCAGAACACUUGUUAGAUGUGUUGACAGUGUACAUUUAUAUGACUGCGAGCAGAAACAAAUGCUCACCUGCGUGCAUGCUGUAGUUUUUUUAAUUGACAUUUUAAUACAUGAUUAAUAUACAUCAGAAACAGAUACCAAAAGCCUGCCACAGAUACCAAAACCAUUUCAAUCCUUUCUCCACUAUAUGUUCAUGUUACCGAUUUUAAAACAUGCAUAUGGAUGCAGGCUCAUCUGCAGCACUAACAUAUCACGUACAUCAUUUCAUACGCAGACAUAUACAGAAACAACCAUGCAUGCACAUCAACAUAAACCAAUGCAUGCACACACAAACAAACAAUUGCAUGAACAUAGUUUUUAUUUUUAAGAUUACAAGCACAAACUGGCCACACCUUAGUGUCCUAGUGCUUUGCAUGCUGUGAGGUGUACUGUCUUGGUACAUGAACAAACACACACAUACUGGCCCAUACACACACAUUCAUACACUCAUGCCAUGACCAAGUCCACAGCAUAAGCCACCUCCUAUUGCAAGGCAGUGAAGCACCAAAUACAUUUAUAGUUUGUUUUGUGUUUUUGCAUGGAACGAUAAAAACAUUGGUUUUGACAUUUGCACUAAAAUACACCAUAUUUACUUGAUUCUUGUCUCCUAUCCACUGCGGAUUGUGUAUUUUGUUUCCAUUAGUGAUGACUGAGGAAAGGCUCUCGCUCCUCUGUCACCUGAAUUGACUUUGGACAGAAAAGCCAUGCUUGCUUCCUUCCAGAUGUACACCAUCUCCUCCGACGUCCACUGCUACUUCCUUCCAGAUGUACACCAUCUCCUCCGACGUCCACUGCUACUUCCUUCCAGAUGUACACCAUCUCCUCCGACGUCCACUGCUACUUCCUUCCAGAUGUACACCAUCUCCUCCGACGUCCACUGCUACCACUGUCCUUUACAACCUUCCUCCCCAUGCGCUCUCAUCAUUGCUCCCUUUCGCCAUCCAUUUCCCUUAUCUCUUUUUCUAUUCACAAUAUAUAUCUAAAUGAAUCCAGCUAAACCCCUUAGAUAUACUUCAUCAUUGCUGUCAUUCAUUUUGUUAAUUUGACAACAUUUUAGCCAAAGAUGUUUUAGCAUGUUUUAAGUUAUUGUCAUUUUAGUUUGUUGUCAACUUGACCUCUUGCCCAGAAGAGCAGACAUUCCCUCCUAAAACAAUAUCAUUUUUUAUUGCAGGCCCCAGAACCAUAAUCUUGAUCUCAUCUUAGUACUUCUUGAAUAUAUAUUCUUUAUAAUUGCUUUGUGCUUUUUAAUGCAGAUCUUUUAUCAUUCAGUUUUUACUCUAACCAAGAUGUCUUCUAUAUGUGUAGCAGGUAGAUUUGGGACUAUGUGCAGCAGUCUCUUCUGGUGUUCGGUGUUUGUACAGAUUUGUAAAUAGUGUGCCCUUUUCUUUUGGCUUGUCAUGUUAAGAUAAUGGUACGAUGCGGGCCUGAAUUGUUUUAAGGUCAGAGCACACGCCAGACACGACACUUGUAUUACAUAGGAAUUCUGUUUGAUGUCUCUCCCCCCCUAGUGGAGAGAACACGGUCUGGCUCCUAAACCCUGGGCCUGAAUGGUUCAUUCAUCUCUAUAGCUCAGCUUUAACCACUAUUAGUACUAGAGAUCGAUGCUGAAGAUAGGAUAAAUCAGAGACAAAGAUGGAUAGGGAAGGUAGCCCUGUACACUGUUUAGAACCCCCGGAUGUGUGUGUGGUCAGUCGCCCUGUUAUAGUGGGUUGAUCAUGUACUGGUGCCAGCCCCACUCAACCAGCCCUCAGCUUUGCAGCGUGUGAUGCAGGCGUAUUACAUGGGCAUGGUUUAUUCUGUUACAUUGACUUGUUUCAUGAGUUGCUAUGAAAAAAGCCUGUACUGCUGUUGAUGUUGUUAAAAUUGUAUCCCUUGCUUUGUUCAAGAUGUAUACAAAAAAAAAAGCUACAAUCCUUUGUUAAU